UGCCACUCUUAAAGCAUGGCUGACAUUUCUUUCUUUCUUCCCCUAGGAAUAGACUUCAAGAUCAAAACAGUUGAAUUACAAGGAAAGAAGAUCAAGCUACAAAUAUGGGACACAGCAGGACAGGAGCGAUUUCACACCAUCACCACCUCCUACUACAGAGGCGCCAUGGGAAUUAUGCUAGUGUAUGACAUCACUAAUGCCAAAAGUUUUGAAAACAUCAGCAAAUGGCUCAGAAACAUAGAUGAGCAUGCCAAUGAAGAUGUUGAGAGGAUGCUGUUAGGAAACAAGUGUGACAUGGAAGAUAAAAGAGUUGUCCUCAAAGCAAAAGGAGAACAGAUUGCAAGGGAGCAUGGUAUUAGGUUUUUCGAAACUAGUGCAAAAGCAAAUAUAAACAUUGAGAAGGCAUUCCUCACAUUAGCAGAAGACAUUCUUCGAAAGACCCCUGUAAAAGAGCCCAACAGUGAAAAUGUAGAUAUCACCAGUGGAAGUGGAGUGACAGGCUGGAAGAGCAAGUGUUGCUGAACGUUCUCCUAUAUCACCAAUCGCCAUCCACCACCCCUUUUUUCUCGCUGUAAAACAAACCACUCUGCCCAUUUUUAACCUUUAAACAAAUGUUUUGUUUCUCAUCUUAACAGAGCUCCAGUAUCCCCAUGUUCUUCUGGUUAGGACAGCUUGCUGACUAUAAUUUUCUCAACAAAGUGUAUAAAAAAAAAAAAAAAAAAAAAAAAAAAAAAAUAUCAUGUCCGUGACUUCACUUUUUUUUAAUGUCCCUGCUCAACUCACCACUACAUUUUGGUUGUAUUAUAGUCCCGUUGCUCUUCACAUUAAAACUUAUAGCAAUCAUUUAAACUCUACUCUGCAAAUUGUAUAAGAAUAAAAGUUAGAAUUAACAAUUUCUUUGGUACAACAGUGGAAUUUUCUGUUAUAGAUUAUGUGCUUGAGUCACCAUAUUCUAUAGACAGGCAUCAGCAGAAGAGCCAGGAAAACACUCAUUUUUGCCUUGAGUAUGUAAAUGGGGUUUAUUUUUUGUCCUGUGCCUUAUGUGGAAAGGAACAUUUUUUUUUCCUUUUUUUUCCUUUGUUCUGGUGGAAGCAUGUGCAGGAGAUUUGAUUAUACAUCCAUACUUGACCAUUUUAAAUUAUCGAACUCUUUGUGGUUGCUUUACUGUGAUUUGUUGGUGUGAUGAUGCAUCAAGGACAAAGGGUGGUGCAAAAAAACCCACAAAAAACUUGCAUUUAAUGUGCUGGGUCUCCCCUUGGGUGACUUAGCAAUUCAGAACUGUUCCCGCUGCCGUUUUUUUAAAUUUUACUUCCCUCCUCCCCCGCAACUUCUUUCUUUUUGCCUGCAUGCUGCUUUUAUUUGCUUUCCUUCAUGGUGUGAUGUGUUAAUGAAAAAGACGGCAACCUUGUAAGUUUGCCAAACUUAAUACAAAGCACUGAUUUAGCUUUCAAGAUAAAAUGUUAAAGAUACUUACUAAUUUCCCUCUAGCCAAUGUCAAUUCACUAGUAUCUCUUCUCUCCUCCUGCAUAGCCAUUGGGUUUUAUGAUAUGGAAGAGUUGUUUGCAUGCACUAGUUUUCUAUGGAGGGUGAUGUGGUUGUCUGCUCUAUGUGUAUGAAUAUAACAUGCCGUUCCCAAACUGACAACAGUUGACUUGAACUUAAAAGUUCUUUUGAUUUGUUAGCUGCUCCAAUGAGUCAUUUGGUAGCCUAGUAAGAGGUUCAGUAAAUAGAUUUUUUUUUUUUUAAAGAAAGAAAAAACAGAGUUGGCAGUUGUGUUGAAUUACUGCUUCCCUGAAACUUUUUCCAUUUCCCAGUGUUAAGUUUAAAAGAAAAUGUAUAUUAAAUAAGAAUCAUCUGUACUUUGCUGUGGUCAUUCUUGACCUCACUUGCAUCCUGUUGGAAGACCACAGGUGAUUCAGAAGGGAGAGAGAAUCAGCAUCCCUGUGUUUUUCAGCCCCCCUGAGUAUUUAACUUGCUUUUCCAGUUUUUUGCCUCUCUGCUUCCUCUGUAGAUAAAGACCUGCUAGCUACGCUACUAGCGUCCCAAUAAGACACCUGUGUGUUAAAUAGCUGAAUGGCUUCAUUCAUUCCUAGCAGCGAAGGGGCUGAAGAACACCGGGCUGAUUUAGACCGCUCCUAUUGAAUUGGGUGUCUUGUCAGGGACAGCGUUUUAACAUCCGCCUGGCUUGCCUGUACACACUGUAGGAGGACUCCUCUGCUAAGAAACAAUUGUAAAUGGAACCCCAGAAUCUAAUUCUCGUAAUUGGGCGGGUUUUGUGCCUGACUCAUGCACUUGCUUUCUUGAUCUUCCUCCACUUAGUAACAACAAAUGACCUGACUUGACUUCAAUGAAUUUACAGUGUUUUUAACUUCCUUGUUCUGACCCGCUCUGUGUAGUAACUUUACUGAUGUCUCCCUCUUCCUAUGUGUGGUGUGGUUUAUUUUUUAUUUUUUUCUGUCUCUCUCUACCUGUUAACCCUUCCCAGUUGAGUGGCUGUUGAGGUAAAGGCAAGGAACUGGGAUUCUAAGGGAUUAAAUUUGACAUGGUUUUGUUUCUCGCCUAUUGAUCAGCUUUGUAAAUAGAGAGAAUCCGGCUACCUUUCUGUUAAAUCUGCACUUUCUAACAUUAUCAAAAAAGGGAAAAUGGAGUAUACUUCCAUUUUUGUAUAAUCUCUGUCUAGACCAUGAGCUUUUUCAUUUGCUUCGUGGGGCUCUGCCUCUCCUGUGCAAGUCUGUUGGGAUCCUUUGUGGAAGCUGUGUUCGUUAAAACACCAAGCAGUUGGAGAACAGUCCACUCUCUGGUACUACUAGCUACAAAUUCAGUUUCAUAUUCUACUUAACAAGUUAAAUAAACUGAAAUAUUUCUAGACGGUCUAUUUCUGUUCAUAUAAAAACAUGAUUUCCAACUGUGCGGCUUGGCUUUCAUUUAUUUGUGGAGUGUGAGGCACAUUUAUGGAGGAAGAAGCCUUAAGCGUAUGCGCCUCUGCUAAAGCGAAAUAAUCCUUUUGGGAUAUGUGUAGUAAUUUUUAUUGCCAGCUCCCAAACUGCUUGUGAGUCGCAUACUUGCAGGAGGACCCAUUCUCUUCCCCUGCCACUCCUGCCCCUGAGGGUAAAGUCUGAUGGUCUAAAAGGAGACUUCCACAGACCCCUUCCAGGCAGUGAUGGGAGCUCUCUGGAUUCUGCAGCGACAAAGUCCAAAUGUAGUUUUUAAUUACCCUGGCACCAAUUAAUCCCGCUGCACACAAUGUAGCCUGUACCAGUGGAGGGGUGAUCUUUUUUUAACAUAGCUAGCCCCCAGAGGAGCAUCGCUGCUAACUUUCACUUACAAUUUUUGCCAUAGCAAAAAAAAAAAAAAAAAUUAAAUUCCUAAUCAAAAGCUAAAACUUGAAAUGGAAUCUAUUUGUCCAGUUGCCUUUACAGCAUUUUAAACAUUGAAUGAUUUAUGCCCCAGUCUUCUCCCUCGGCUGUAAGACAGCAGCGCUGUGAGCAGUAGCAGAGUAGUCGGUGGCAAAGACCUCAGGAGUCUGAGACAGGCAGUGCAGUUUUUAGCCUUGUUGGAAGUUCUGGCUGUGAUCAGGUCUAAGCUCAUUAACUACCUUGCUUACAAUAUUUUAAUUACACUUUAAAUUUUUUGUUUGGCUAACCCACUCUGGCUGUUCAUUUACAACCAUUCUUUUGUACCACUUACUGUAUAAAAGAGCGCUGUCCCCUCGGUCAUACCGUGAGCAAAUAAAAGCUUUUAUAAACUUGAA